AAGAAAUCCUCAUACAUUUGCAUUUUAUUUCCCCCAAAAUCUUCCCGCCAUUUCUGUCUCCCCUUUGGCUUGGGAGAUGAAACUCCAUAUUAGGGCACUCAUCGAGGUCGGAGCUCGAUCCCAUUGAUCUUGAGCUCUGACAUCCCAAAGAGAGACCCGAUUAGAUGAGAUUAGAGGGCUAGAGAGAGAGAGAGAGAGAGAAGAUGGGGAUACAAGGGCUUUUGCCCCUGUUGAAAUCAAUAAUGGUCCCAAUCCACAGCAAGGACCUCAAUGGCUGUUCCGUCGCCAUUGACACCUAUUCUUGGCUCCACAAAGGUGCCCUUUCUUGCAGCAAGGAUCUCUGCAACGCCCAACCCACCUCCAAGCAUAUUGACUACUGUAUGCACAGAGUGAACUUGCUGCGGCAUUAUGAUGUUACACCUAUUCUUGUCUUUGAUGGAGGUCUCUUACCAAUGAAGAGCGAACAAGAGACCAAGCGUGCUAGAGCAAGGAAGGAAAACCUUGCGCGGGCUAUUGAGCAUGAAUCAAAUGGCAAUAAUGCUGCUGCUUAUAAGUGCUAUCAGAAGGCUGUUGAUAUCUCACCGUCAGUGGCAUAUGAACUAAUUCAGGUCUUAAAGCAAGAGAAUGUGGGUUAUGUUGUGGCUCCUUAUGAGGCAGAUGCCCAAAUGACGUUUUUGGCAGUCAGCAAAAUGGUUGAUGCAGUUGUAACUGAGGACUCAGACCUCAUUGCUUUUGGUUGUCCCAGAAUCAUCUAUAAGAUGGACAAGUUUGGGCAAGGUGUUGAAUUUCGAUACUCUAUGCUACAACAGAACAGUGAACUGAAUCUUACAGGAUUUACUAAGCAGAUGCUUCUUGAGAUGUGUAUUCUGAGUGGGUGUGACUAUUUGCAGUCGUUGCCUGGAAUGGGCUUGAAAAAGGCUCAUGCACUAGUGAAAAAGUUCAAAUGUCAUGAAAAGGUAAUCAAACAUUUAAAAUACAGCACAGUUGCUGUGUCUCCUAGCUAUGAAGAAUCAUUUAAGAAAGCUAUACUGACUUUCCAGCAUCAACGAGUUUAUGACCCUACGAUCGAAGAUAUUGUACAUUUGUCUGACCUACCUGACAAUGUUGGCGAUGAUUUAGACUUCUUAGGCCCAUCGAUACCUCAACAUAUAGCAAAAGGUAUAGCAAGAGGUGAUAUUGACCCUUUUACUAGAAUGCCAUUUCAGGAAGUGAACAAUGGUGCUGGUUUGGUGGUUGAUAGAACUUACCAUCUGAAAGAUUUUAAACCUGAAGGUGAAAGGAAAAAGCUAGAUUUGCCUGCGCGGAAAAAUCUUCUUACAAACUACUUUUGUUUUGCUUCUCUUGAAGCAAAGAGGAGAUUUAGGGCCCCUCGAAGUGCACCUACGCACCCAUCUCCAAUAAAUGAAACUUCUAGACCUGUAGAACAUGUCACCAAGGAGGCUGCUGCUUGUAAAACAGACUGCUCACCAGCAUCCCUGCUUGACUCCAGAUAUCUGGCGAUAGCCUCUUCUCCAGAUGACUAUGUGGAUAAUGGUGUUGUGACAGAAUCUCCUGAGAGUUUGGAAUCUCCAAGUGAUGGAUUGCAUGGUAAAAAAGAUACUUUGGGUGCCGAGAGAAGUUCACAAGAUCCUUUGCUGCAACAGUCCAGACAUUCAACACAUAAACCUUGUAUGACAUUGCACAAGGAGUUUGAAUGGAAGUCUGCCUCAGAUGCAGAUGAGGGUGAAACUAGAAUACAGAAUACCAAGGUCACCGUGAGGAGUUCAUAUUUUCAGCAGAAGUUGGCAAAGGAAAAUGACGAAGAGAAUCAAAAUGAAAAUCUCUUAGGCAAGGAAGAUGUCUCCACAGAUAAAUGUGAGAAUGUCAAUCCUGAUUGUGAAAAUAAGUCUGCUUCAGUUGCAGGUGAGGUCAAAACUAGAAUAAAGAACAGAAAAACUAUGGUGAGUUCUUAUUUUCCACAUAAAUCUGUAAAUGAAAGUGAUCAAGACAACAGACAAGAGAAACUCUUAGUCAAGGCUGAUCUUACAACUUCUACAUGUGAGAAUGCCAUUCCUGAGAGUGCUUCUUCUGAUGAUUGCUGCUUUAACAGCUCAAUCCUGAAAAGGAAGGUUGCCCCUGUUGAUAGUAAUCAAAUGGAAAACAUGAAUUAUAAGUGCAGUCGGACAAAUGUUUCUCUUCCAAUUCGAAGUAACAGCAUUUCUACCCUUGAUGAUACAGUUACAGAGACAAAGGCUGAAGGAGGGGAGUUUGGAUGUAACAUUUCCCAUUUAGCAAAUUAUUCUGACAUAGCAGAGAAAUCAAUGGAAAAGUUUGUUUCUGUAAUAUCAUCAUUCAGGUGCUCCUCAUCUGGUUCUCAUGCUAGUGGACUCCGUGCCCCUCUAAAAGAUGUGCAGAACACAUGUACUAGUAGGUCAAAUGUUGGUGUGGAUUUAAACAAAUUUGCAUAUGCACCAACUAAUCGGAAGGCUUCCUCAGCACAAUGCAGACGCUAAGCUUGGAUAGAUAUUUAAACAGAAAUUUGUUCUGGCACAACUCAUGGUUUUUCAAUUUAGUAAAGCCACACUCUUAAAUGUUGUCAUUCUUUGGUGUCUAGCUUACUACAAUCAAAGACUCAUUUUGGAUUUUCGAGGCCUUAGAUUAUGCUGCCACCUGUGUGAUUCAUUACCUUCGCAUCAUAAGCUUGUAGGUUGAGAUAUGGCAAUGCCUUGUUUUUGUAUAUUCAAUUGUCUGGAGCUUAUGGAUAAUAACAAUGUAGUACUCUCUCUGUAACCGUUACCAUGUAUGCAUUGUAGCCUCUUGCUUCACUGGGCUCAAAAGAUUGCAGUUUUCUUUAAAAGUAUUUUGUUUGUUGUCAAAUUAGUCUCUUUCACUCCUAGAUUUUAGGUUGUCAUUCUUGUAUGCUAAUGGAUAACGAUCAAGAGCUUGUAUUAAAUGACAAUUUUCUAUUUACAGAA